AUGGCUGAUGUAGUACAAGAAGAAAAGCCAAAAACUCAAAAAAAAAGAACUAGAAAUCCUGACGGAUGGAAAAGGGUGAAACAAAAAAGGGCAAGAAUAGCAGGGAAAGAGUAUUUAAAUGUUCGUGGCAAUUAUGUUGCACCUAGAAAAAUUGGGCCUGACUGUCAGUGUAAAUUAAUGUGUUACAAACACGUAGAUGAAUCGAUGAGAAAAAUGAUUUUCGAAGGAUUUUACGAUUUAAAGAGCUACGAUGAACAAAAUGCAUAUUUAUUUGGCCUGAUUCGGAAGCAUGAUAUAAAAAGAAAAACAAAACCAUUAUCAGCACGCCGUACGUGUACUUAUAAAUAUUAUUUAAGAUUUCGAGGAAGAGAAAUAAACGUGUGUAAAGUUGCAUUUGCUAGAAUUCACGCCAUUUCUGCCAAAAAAAUCAGAGGUCUUUGCGAGAAACUCGAUCAAAAUAUAUUAUUUCCCAAAGAUGGCCGAGGUAAACAUUCGAACAGACCACAAAAAAUUCAACCAGAAACGCAAGAAUUAAUUAAACGGCACUUGUAUAGUCUUCUACGUUCCCCAGAUGUUCGCGAUUAUUUUAAAGAAGAUAAAAAUCAUCCUGCCUCGACGGAAUUAAAUAUAACCAAAUUGUACAAACAUUUUUUGCAAACUUAUGAUCCUGAAGCCUUAAUUCCUAAUUCAACUCAUAUAAAUGCCUGUUAUACUCCUAAAGUGAAAAUGUGGCUUUAUCGACAUAUUUUUCAUCAAGAAUUUAAAACCAAAGACUAUCAAUUAUUAAAGAAAAAAGUUGAAACUGGGUAUCGUUCUAAUUCUGAUUUAGCAGACUAUACUUUACAGGAUAAAAUAUUUACCAAAAAGACCAAAAGAAAAGCUACAAAACCUCAAAAAAAAUUAAAUAAUGUUCAGGAAAACUGUGACUCGAUGUCUAGUACAUCAACAGGGGUACAAACUAUUGUUCAAAAAUUUUAUCCGAGAACAGAAAAUGCACCUGCUGUUAUUCAUCUUCCAAUGGAUGUCAGUUUCACAUCGUUCACUCAAGAUGGGAGACCAGCUCAAUUGAUUGACACCACAAAUAGAAAUCAAGUAAUUUUGGAUACUGGUAAUAGGAAUCAAACAGCUACCAUACAAACAGUCAAUAGAAAUCAAGUCAUGAUAGCAGAAGCUGUUAAUAGGAAUCAAGUGAUGAUAGCUGAUACAACAAAUAGAAACCCUACAUUAAAUCUUCAAAAAAUUAAUUACACAAUUCAAGACAUACAUGGAAAUCAACAAGGAGGCGGAUCUCACAAUUAUCAAAUAUUCCAAGCAGAGACUUAUCAUCCGAAUGUAUUAAGUCAACAUACAGAUCAUCCAAUUUAUCAUAUUGAUAAAGGAGCUGGAGAAUUAAUUUCUCUGAGACCUAUUAGAAUUGCAGGAGAUUAUGAUAAAGUAAUUGAUUCUUUUAACGAUAACCGAUUAUUUUUCAUUGAAUAUAGAGUGAGAUGUGGUAAAUUUGAGUAUGGACUCAAAUCUUUGUUGUGA